UAUUAUUUGCUUCUUCCUUCUGGCUUCAACCAUUCAUCUUCAAGCUGCAAAUGGCUAGAGCCUCCAUAGGCUCCGCCGCGGCCCCUGUUUCCUCCUCCUUUCGUCACCUCUCUCUCCGGCCAUUAUCCUCUGUUUUCCUUGUUAGAAGCUGUAGCACAGCUUCAGCCGCCGUCGCAGCCAAAACGCCCUUAAUGUCUGACAACCUCAUUCCUCACCCCUCACUGGAAGUCGUCGGCGGAGCUCGAGAUGCUUUCCUCCCCGCAUUGAAGUCCCUUCAAAAUCCCUAUCAUCCAUACCCUAUAAUCGGUUGGAAUCGGCACGCGGAGACAAUUUUUGCGGCCUUCUUUAGGUCCCUCCCCGACCUCAAACUUCGGCGAGAGUGUCUGCGCACCAAGGACGAUGGUUCCGUAGCCCUAGACUGGGUUGCUGGAGACGACCGCCGCCUGCCGCCGGAUUCUCCGGUGCUCAUUCUACUGCCAGGCCUGACUGGGGGGAGCCAGGACACUUACGUUAGGCAUAUGCUGGUGAGAGCUAGAAAUAAAGGCUGGCGAGUUGUGGUCUUCAAUAGCAGAGGCUGUGGAAAUAGUCCUGUCACCACUUCUCAGUUUUAUUCAGCUUCAUUUCUUGGUGAUAUUUAUGAAGUGGUGGCACAUGUUGGUAGUCGCUAUCCAAAGGCCAACUUAUAUGCUGUGGGAUGGUCUCUUGGAGCAAAUAUUCUCGUUCGAUACCUAGGACAGGAAUCUCAUUCUUGCCCUCUGUCUGGUGCUGUGUCCUUGUGCAAUCCUUUCAACUUGCCUAUUGCAGAUGAAGACUUCCGUAAGGGCUUUAACAUUGUUUAUGACAAAGCACUAGCAAAUGCUCUCUGCAAAAUUUUCAAAAAGCAUGCUCUUUUAUUUGAAGAUAUUGGAGGUGAAUAUAAUAUCCCAUUAGCUGCUAAUGCCAAAACUGUCAAAGAAUUUGAUGAAGGACUAACAAGAGUUUCAUUUGGAUUUAAGUCAGCAGAUGAUUAUUAUUCAAACUCAAGUAGCUCAGAUUCAAUUAAAAGUGUCUGCACUCCUUUACUUUGCAUCCAGGCUGCAAAUGAUCCAAUUGCUCCGUCAAGAGGAAUCCCUCGAAAGGAUAUUGAGGAAAACCCAAAUUGUUUGCUGAUAGUCACACCUCAAGGUGGCCAUCUUGGAUGGGUGGCCGGUUCUGACGCCCCAACCGGAGCUCCCUGGACCGACCCCAUUGUGAUGGACUUCCUAGACAAUCUUGAGCAAGCUAAAUCUGCACUUGACUUGGAAGUUGGGAAUGGGAGUGUUACAGAUGACACCAACAUCUUGACGGGUACGCUCAUAGAUAACCAGAAACAAAAUUCAAUUUUAACAUAACACGUCAUGAUGCCAGCCUGAUGUUAAAUCAUUUGUAAUGAUUAUUGCAUUGCAUAAAUGCGAUCUUAUUAUACGGCAAAUUAUUGUGUUGAUCGUCCACAUAGCUGUGUGGACUAUGAAUAUAAGACAGACGUUUGGAUCCCAAUAAUAGUUAAGCAUAUUCAUCCGUUUA